AUGGCGCGACUGACGUGGCAACUCUCCACGAUUAUAACAACAUUAAGUUUUUAUUUAAUUUUCGACAGUCAUGUUGUUUAUACCCUUGGAAAAACGGAUUCGAAAAUAGGAAAAGGCAUUAAACAUGAUGCAAGCAUAUCGUCAUCCACAAGUUUGACAAUUGAGACUCUUAAAAACAGUUAUGAGAUUACAAAAAACGUGAGUUUUUCUAAUGAAACUUUAUCAAUAAUUAAUACAACCACAUGGAAGCCGACACCUACUAAACCUAUGAUGCCAGAGGAUCUUCCAGUUAAGGGAUCUGCAGAAGAAGAACAUCAUAGCAGUUUGACUAUAUUCUUUAUUCUUUUAGUUGUUGCAUUUUGCAUUCUACUAGUUCACACAUUGAUUCAUACUCAUUUCCACUACUUGCCGGAAAGUGUUGUUAUUGUCCUUAUUGGGGCUUUAAUAGGAUUAACAUUAAAGAUAUUUAAAUUUGGCAACUGGAGGAGUGAAGAAACUUUCAGCCCCACAAUUUUCUUCAUUGUGUUGCUUCCUCCCAUCAUCUUUGAAUCUGGCUACAAUUUACAUAAGGGAAAUUUCUUUCAAAAUAUUGGAUCAAUAAUGGUUUUUGCCAUUGUUGGAACUGUUAUUUCGGCAGUUUUUAUUGGUGGUGGUGUAUAUCUUCUGGGACAAGCAGAAGUAGCAUAUGAAUUGGACAUAGUCGAGAGUUUUGCCUUUGGAUCCUUGAUUUCAGCUGUCGAUCCUGUAGCAACACUAGCCAUCUUCCAUGCUCUUGAUGUAGAUCCUGUUUUAUACAUGUUGGUGUUUGGUGAAAGUGUACUUAAUGAUGCUGUAUCUAUUGUGCUAACUUCCACGGUGUUGGAGUUUGCAGAUCCUAAUGUUGUUUUUACAAGUCGAGCAGCUGCCAUCUUUUAUGCUAUGGGAAGAUUUUGUGUAAUGUUUUUUGCUUCUGCUGCUAUAGGCACUGUUAUUGGCUUAUUAAGUGCAAUACUAUUAAAAUCUAUUGACUUGCGAAAAACACCCUCCUUAGAAUUUGGUAUGAUGUUGGUUUUUUCCUAUCUGCCAUAUGGCCUUGCUGAAGGAAUUCAUUUAUCUGGAAUCAUGGCGAUAUUAUUUUGUGGCAUUGUAAUGUCUCAUUACACUCACUUGAACUUAUCACCAGUCACACAAAUAACUGUACAGCAAACCUUCCGAACUGUGGCUUUUAUAGCAGAAACCUGUGUAUUUGCAUACUUGGGAAUGGCAUUAUUCAGUUUUCAUCUAAAUGUGAAACCAUCUUUCGUCAUUUGGAGCAUUGCCCUUUGUCUAGGUGGAAGAGCCAUCAAUAUUUUUCCAUUAAGCUUCCUCGUUAAUUUUUUCCGGGAACAUAAGAUAACAAGGAAAAUGCAAUUUAUUAUGUGGUUCAGUGGAUUGCGAGGUGCAAUUGCAUUUGCUUUGAGCCUUCACAUGGAGUUUUCAGCAGAAAAACGUUAUAUCCUUGUCACAACUACUCUUAUUAUUGUUCUUUUCACAAUUAUGUGUCUCGGAGGAGCAACUAUGCCUAUGAUGAAGCUUUUGAAAGCAGAAAAAAGGAAAAAGACACGAUCUGAAAUUUCCCUCAGUAAAACUAAGGAAAUGGGUGAUACAGUUGACUCGGAACAUCUUUCUGAAUUGACUGAAGAAGAAUAUGAAAUAAACUUUGUAAAACCACAUUUGCGAGGUUUUUUGCGUAUUGAUGUCAAAUAUUUGAUACCUUUCUUCACGCGACGUUUCACUCAACAGGAAGUUCGUGAGGGCCGUAAUCAAAUGGAUAAUUUAACAAACAAAUGGUACAAAGAAGUACGAGCUGCGCCAUCUGAAUCUGAAUCCGAUGAAGCUUCAGAAGUAACGCAUCAUUGA